GCUGCUGUGCGCAGUCGCGGCGCUGAAGGCGGCUCUGUACCUGCUCCGCAGAGUGUGCCUAGCGAUGGCCUGGAAGUCGGGCGGCGCCAGCCACUCCGAGCUCAUCCACAACCUCCGCAAAAAUGGAAUAAUCAAAACAGACAAGGUGUUUGAAGUAAUGCUAGCUACAGACCGCUGCCACUAUGCAAAAUACAACCCUUACAUGGACUCUCCACAGUCAAUAGGUUUCCAAGCAACAAUCAGUGCUCCACAUAUGCAUGCAUAUGCUCUUGAACUCCUGUCUGAUCAAUUACAYGAAGGAGCCAAAGCACUCGAUGUAGGAUCUGGUAGUGGAAUCCUUACAGCAUGCUUUUCACGAAUGGUUGGUCCCAAAGGACAAGUUGUAGGAAUUGAUCAUAUCAAAGAACUAGUAGAUGACUCAAUAAAUAAUGUCAAAAAAGAUGAUCCCACAUUGCUGUCUUCAGGAAGAGUCAAACUGAUUGUGGGAGAUGGACGAAUGGGAUAUGCAGAGGAAGCUCCCUAUGACGCGAUUCAUGUUGGAGCGGCAGCCCCAGUUGUGCCCCAAGCACUUAUAGACCAGUUAAAACCUGGCGGAAGAUUGAUAUUACCAGUUGGCCCUGCUGGGGGAAACCAGAUGCUCGAACAGUAUGACAAACUAGAAGAUGGCAGUGUCAAAAUGAAGCCUCUGAUGGGAGUGAUAUAUGUGCCUUUAACAGAUAAAGAGAAGCAGUGGUCCAGGUGGAAGUGAUUUUCUGUUCCACUUACUUCUUCCACACACAUGCAAGGGAUGAAUUGUAAAAGCUACAUCAUCUUGACCCAAACAUAGUGUUACAGUGGACUGCUCAUCUCCAGUUCUAAAAGCUUUUUGAAAACCAACAGCAUUGCAGCUUGUUUUGGACUUCGUUAUACUGUUGUUAUCAGCAUGGAAAAGCGUGGUGUUUGUUUUAUUUUUCUAGAUGCUCAAGGCAAAUCUGAUAAAGAAAUGGUGGAAAGUUUUAUGUGGGCACUGUUUUAUUUAACAUGCCUUUAUUUCACUUUCAUCUGUUCAAAGUGAAUUUCUGCAGAACUGCAGAUAAAGACCUAUAGCUUGUGAACUCUGAUUUUGAUGGGGGAACUUGAACACUCACUUCUCUCGGCUCCUGUGUCCCUUGGUAAAACUGCUUUUGUGCACCUUACAACACUACGUAGGUAAUACCAGGUUUUCCGUGUUCCAAUGUCUGCUAGAUGCUACUAAAAGGAGAUGAACUUCCUUUCUAAGCUUUUGACAUGGUGUCAUAGACUAGCAUGUAGUAGAUACAAUCAGCUGCUUUUUUACCUUAAAACCAGGCAUUUGUAUAUAUUAAAUUUCAAGACAUCAGAGGUGGGUGGCCACUCUUAUCAAACACUGCUGUUCAAGUUGGACAUAACAGACAUGAUUUUCCCUUUUCUUCUAAAAUUAAUUAAUGGAUCCUGAAAUUCUGUUUUGGUUUAUAGCUCAGUGCUGGUGUGAUAUGCAUCGAUCUAACUCCAUAAAGUUAAAGUGAGGUGUGUUCCAAUCAUUGAACAGUUUAUGCAAUGCUGCUUUGCCAAAUAAAGUUAAAAGCAGAAGGGGGGAUGUGCUUGGUUAGAAGAUUAGGAUGGGUAUGUAGUCUGAGAUAUGGAUUGCUAGGUUCUUUCUAAAAAGACCAAAAUCCCAUUUGGUUCAAAAAGAAAGUUGCAUUUGGCAAAGCUGUUUGCUGUAUUAACAUUCUUAUUUUUAUAACUGUGGGCACCCAGGAAAAAAUCUGGCUUUUUGAAUGAAUUUAAAAUUGCUGUAAAAGGAAAACAUCAUAAAUGCAGAAAGAAUUUUGGAUUCUAAGUACAGAUAGAAGCACUUGUUCCAUUUUCAUAUGGAAGAAUAGUUGGAAGGCUAUAAACCCUUUUUUAUGCCCUAAGUUUUCUAGUUUGGCACUGUAAAAUGUCAACAGAAAAUUGUGAAGCAGUACAGUAAGAUGGGCUGCUCUGAGAAAGGGGGGGAAGUGUGUCUUUGGUCAUCUUGCUCAGAUUUGAGCAACCAGGAAUUAAAGCAAACAGCACAUUAUUUUUUUUCUAAUGGUAGGAAGGUUUAUAAAAUAAAACAACUCAUAGUCAUCACUGCAAAAGAAAAAAACYCAAAACAACUGUUUAUGGUGGAAGAACUAUAAUUUUGUGAUGGGAUUAAUCCCUGGAAGCAUAAGGGUUAAAAUUCAAAGGCCUCUGAAUAUGGAAAAGGAACAUUUWAAAAACCAUUUUUAUUCUUCUGUAAAAGAUAUUAUAUAACUUAAUUUAUUUAGAUGUUUGGAAGUUAAUGUACCACCUCCUGAUCCGAAUGCAGCCUGGGAGCACAUGCACAAGAUUAAUCUUAUAAAGAAAUUAAUAUAGUGUGUAUUCUAGAAAAUACAAUCCAGAGAAAUCCACUUGCGUCUGACAAAUUUGUACUAACCACAAUCAACUGUGACUCUAGUUCUUGGUGUUGAAGUGAAAUAUCUUAACUGAUGCAUGCUAACGUUCAACCUUUUGGUCGCUGUAUCUUUCAGUUUGAGUUCAGCUUUAUUUACAUCUUCUCACUAAUUUAAUCAGUUAAAUGAAAGAUAUGAGCUCAACUGUAUCCAAAUUCCUGUCUCUGGACACAGUGUAAUAAGCUAGCCUGACUUGGAAGUGGUGUUAAAGCUGAGACCCUACGACAACUUCCUGGGGAAGAGCCACUUCAGGAGGUGUAAAGCUCCAGGGACCAAGGCUGGUGGGAGUCGUGCACCCAUUCCACUGAAAGGGUUGAUGAUAGCCAAGGUACUCACACAGAAAGGAGUAUCCAGGAGUAGCAUUUAGGAGCUGGAAAAUGGAAACUCCUCCAUGAUGGAGCAAUGGUUCUGAAAUAAAAACUUGGAGACAAGGACACGUUGAAAUGCAGAAGACUUGAAGAGCUUGAAUAAAUGCUGUGUGAACUGUCUGAAUUGCUACUUUGCCAAAUAAAACAAAUUGAGAGGAAACUGUAUCWAGGUGUCUGUCUG